CAAACUUGAAUGCAGUUCGUGAAAUAGGCACUGGAAAUGGAGGUAAUCAAAUUGGUGGUUUGAAUACUGCAGGAGAAUUUCGCAAUGCAUGUGCUACAGAAAUUGGCAGAAUUGGAGCGGGAGUCACAACUGGUGCUGAUAUUAUUCCAAAUGGAAUAUGGGAUGAAGACUGGUCUAUAGCUGGUGGUGAACCUACAAAUAAUGCGGUAGUAGCCCCGAAUACGGCUAGUGGUUUUCCCGCUAUUACAAUUGCUCCUGGAAUCAAACUUGGCCAGCUUAUUUUCUUACUCAGAACUGCCUAUACAACCAUCGAACAUUUAAAACAAAUGGCAGUUUUUGGUCAACUUAUGCAAGGAAAUAUGGGCAUUGAAGAGUUCUCUGCUAAAAUCAAAAAGGUUGGUAAAAUAGCUAGAAUGGCUCCUGAACAACAAAGAGAGCAAUUCAUUCGUGGCUUAAAUCCUAUGAAUCAGUAUAAUAUUCAAAUGAUGGCUAAGUUUAAUGAUAUGCAAGAUAAUAUUACAGAAGCCUUAGCCGAAGCAGAAAAAUUUACAUUAUCUCAAAAGAGUGUGCCAUCUUUUUUUCUAAUUUUUCCAACAGCCAACCCUUAUGCAGAUACUAACAAAUCAGGAAUGACUAAAACUGAAAUCGUGGAUUUGAUUAAAACCGCAAUGGCAUCCUCAGACUCUCAAACGGCUCAACAAAAUGCUGAUUUGCG